AUGUCUUCCGGCACCGCCCAUCACCGCCUUCCCUCCGUGACCGCCGGCCGGCCUCCCGCCGCCGCUCCUUCAUCAUCGCGCAAAUCGUCCUCUGCCCGUCCUUGUCCUCGUCCUCAGCCAUCGCAUAUCACUUCCAGGGUCUCACCCGGCCCUCCCCGCCAACUUAGCACUGGCCAUGUGCCGAGUCAACUCGCUCCUCCUUGGCCCUUCAACCCCCAGGAAACAGCGCUAAUCCGAGCAGGAUACCGUCCCGCCUUCACCCCGGAACCGGCCGCCGCGGACGAAGAAAACGCCUUAGCCGGAAAGACGCCCAAGAUGGCGGAACCUCGCGCCCGUGCCGCUAGGCAUAAGGGGCAGAUGAACUUUGCGUCUGAACUCCGUCUGUUGCUCCUUGCUUAUGGCGACCCCAGUCCCCACCCUUCAUUUUCCCCCGAACCACUCCCCGAAACCGUUCGCGUGCUCGACGAGAUCGUCACAGACUUCGUUCUCGAAAUGUGUCACGGAGCGGCGCAGUACGCGAGCUACUCCCGCCGACAGAAGAUCAAGGUGGAUGAUUUCCGCUUCGCGCUACGUCGGGACCCGAACAAGCUGGGCCGUGUUCAGGAAUUACUGCGCAUGGAGCGCGAGUUGAAAGAAGCGCGGAAGGCGUUUGAUCAGAACGAUGAUCAGGUCGGGAACUUGAAGGAUGCGGGCAAAAAGGGCCUCGAGGAACUUGGGGAAAGCGUCGAUGGGAAGAAGGGUAAAGGAAAGGGAAAGAAAUCUGCCAGAAGAGAUUCGGAUGUCACAGAAGAUGCGUUGCCGAAGAAGAGAAAGGCCCUGGGAUGAGAGCUGAUGCACUCCUGAUGUGUCGCUCUAGCUGCUUCGGUUUUUAUCUGCCGUUGACUGGCGUUGAGGGUGGGAAUGGGCUGCUUUCGUAUCAUAUCUAUCAUAUAUCCAUUAUCUGGUCGGCAUCGGGGGCGUUUAUCAAGAUGGAUGGUUAGUUUAUUGCUCUUUAGCUUAUCGGGAAUCCAUCCGACUCAAAAGGGUUAAGCUGCUGUAGAUAAGAGUGCUCCAACUCCUUACCUCAACAGUAGCUUCAUCAGCUUCAACCAUCCCUCCAUUGCAUAUACAUGAAUACCCAGACUCCCAAUCUACACUACACCUCUAAUAUAUGACCCCCCACAGAAGACAAACAAGGGGAAGUUCAACCUCCACUAGAGGUAGAUCGUUGCUAGCAACAUCAACAUCAACAGCAGCAGAAUCAUAGGUCAUCAGCUCUUCUCUUUUUCCCA